AGCAAUCCAUGCGCAUGGUUUAUUCUACUGCUUAUCGCUCUUCCCCAGAUUCUACUCCACGCAACUCAAUCGAACUCUGAGGGAAUGUGGAGGUCCCAGACCCUCGGGAGAGGGAUCGGCACAAUCCCCACGAGCGAGCCCUCGACAGCGGCAAUUGAGGCCGAGGACCUCAACUCGACCAUGAGCAAUGACGAGGGAUCCAGUGGCGAGGAUUCCAGGCUCACCAGCUCCAAUGGCCCGACGAGGAAGCGGAGGAGGGAGAGACACCAAAAGAUAUCGUGUGAGAUGUGCAAAUCCCGCAAGGUAAAAUGCGACCGUGCUGAGCCGGCAUGUUCGUGGUGCGCCCGACACAACCGCGCCUGCGUCUACCUUGAGAGACAGAAGCCGGGGGCGGCUCGCAAUGGCUUCAGUCUUGAGCUCGAGGCCAAAGUCAAUCGCAUCGACGCGUUACUGCAGGCCCUGGGACGUCGUGUUGAGGAGCACAUUGUGCAGGAUCACACGGCGGCUUCACCGAGCCUCGCGUCUUCCACCACGAAUAAUCUCCAAGGCGAGAGUCAAGAUGGUAGUCGACUUACGCCUACAAGUCUCCCGAGAACCUCUUCAAUCUCGCAGGCCAGGUCACCGAGUUUGUCCAGUACAACAUGGCAACCUGGCAUCCAACCUCAGCAGCCACUGGUGAUGACCAGUUUGGAGGGCCCUACCCAACCGAUCAGUUCUCCAAAUGCCUCUGGAUUUCGAAAAGACCCUUCCCUUCACUCCUUCAUCAUUGAUCUCCCACCUCACGACGUCGUCUACACCCUCGUGGACCUCUACUUCAAGCACUGCAACACGUGGUGUCCCAUCCUUGAUCGAAAAACGACGUUUGCUAGCUUCUUCGGGCCGACAUUGAUGGAGGAAGCCGACAGGAUUUUACUCUAUGCAAUCGUGGCAACGACGCUGAGGUUUCUCAAAGAUCCAAGGAUGUCAUCCGAGAUGCGGACAUACUACCAUGCCGUGGCUAAGCACACGGUGCAGAUAUACGCCAUGGAACAUAUCAGUGUACCUGCUCUAAGAGCUCUCGUCAUAAUAACCCUGGACGAACUGGGAACAUCAAACGGCCCCCGUGGUUGGAAUCUCUUGUCAUUACUAUCACAAAGCGUGAGACAACUCGGCAUAUGUGAAGAAAGCACCGUCUUCCUGUCGGCCGAGGCGUCAGAAACUCCGCAUACCGGCUCCAUGAGAAGAGUUGCAGCUGGAAAGCCCGAGUCCUGGAUUGAAGACGAGGGGCGGCGACGGCUUUACUGGAUGAUAUACCUCCUGGACCGUUAUGCAACAAUAGCCACGCCGACGUUUGACUUUAUGCUCGACAGCAAGAAAGUCACACGUUUCCUCCCUUGUUCAUACGACUUGUUCUCCAAGAACGUGCCGGUAGAGACGAGGGCUUUUCACCCAAGUGACGAUCAGCAGAGAGAAUACCUCGUCAACAAACCCGAAAACCUCGGCAGCUUUACCUACCAUUGCGAGAUUCUCAUCAUCCUUAGCAAGAUUCACGAGUUUCUCAAGACGCCAAUUGAUGUGUCUUCUACAAAGGACAUGGCUGAAUGGCGAAACACCUACCAGACGCUUGACCGAUCACUGGAUGGCUGGCUGCAGAGCUUACCGAGUGAAUACAGCAAGAUAUCUGCUCUGUGUCACUCUGAUCCUGCAAGUCGUGUGGCCAACUGGUUCAUGUUGCAUAGCGCAUACGUUACUUCUGCAGUACGGCUUCAUUCUUCGGCGGCGUAUCCGACCGUCAGGUCUCACAUAUUCGUACCCUCUCACUACGCAAUGCAGAGGUGCUUGUCUGCUGUACAAAGCCUUGGAGACAUUACCCGUGACGUCUCUGAAGCAGAUGGCUUGAAUCUUCUAGGGCCUCCUUUUGCAUUUUCGCUCUGGGUGGCUGGUCGAUUGCUGCUGGUUCAUGCCGCUGCGGUUGGAUGCCCAGUUGAUCCUCUGAUUGACUUCUUUAUUGAUACGCUUCGCAAUGUCGGCCAACACUGGGACGUCGCAAGCAACUACUCCAAAAUUCUGAGCCGACUUGUCCAACGGGGAAGACAGGGUGACAUGAGCUUCGCCGCCAUGAGACGGAGCGCGUAUGACCUGGUGACACUCACAUCUACAGCUCGACACUCGAGCCUAGAGCCGACAUCAACCCAAGUCACAUCUCUCAGCGAGCUCGACAACAUUGAUGUCUUUGACUUUUUCAAUUAUCCCAGAGUUUCCAAUCAGAGCACGGCGAACCUGGUCAUUCGACCCCAGACCAUGAAUAAUAUUCAAGGAGACUCGACGAGAAACGGCAUACCUGAUCCAGAGGCAGAUUGGUUAGCUUAUGGGGGGUCGCUUUUCAACUAA